AUAUAAGCUUACAAAUUUAGCCUUUUUUUGCCAUUAACUUUUUUAAGGUGCAGACAGAUAAGCUCUCUCCUUGAGAAAGUUGAUGAGAAGAGACUAACAGCUCAUCAUUUUCUCAGAUUUUGUCUCAUCUAGUGGUAGAGUUGAGCUUAGAGUUGUAACUCAAAUCGGUUGGGUUCAAACUCAACUUGAUAAAAUGGGGAUUGGGGACGGCUUGGACUCUAGCUCAAGGUCGAGUAUGAACAAGUAUCAUGUUUACCACCAGGUAAUUCAAUUUGAUCCAAGUUCUUGAAGAGCUUGACUCUAACUCACCUGCCUUGAUCCAAUUGGCUGCAUCCGGUGUUUAUAUAUAGAUGUACGAGGAUUCGUUUUAUAUAUGGAACAGUGACCUAUAUAUAAGUUUGUUAAGUAAAUUGUUAAAAGAAGUAUAUUAAAGAAGUAUAUUAAACACAAUCUCUCAGAUCAGUGCAGAACUUUUAUGGCGACGAGUCAUAUCUGGCUAUUGCAAAGUACUCGUACUUAAUUUUUGUCAGACUACUUAUUCACUUUAAGUCAAAGAAGUGACUAUGCAUUAGCAAUCUAUAAUUUUUGCGGAGCGAAUCAUGGUAAAGAAAAAGAUGAGGGGUGAGCUCCCGACCUAGUAGCAAGAUAGCCGGGCGAUCUCAGAUCAGUCAUGUUUAUAUAUCAACUGAUGCAGUAAGGUACAAUAAUACGUAGCUUGCGCCUGCUUUCGUGGUAACGAACAUGGCUCUGUAAUGCACCUACAGUAUAUAUGAUCUCGACCUCUUAUGAGUUAUCACAAGUAUCUUCAGCUCUCGAGCCAAUAGUGCUUUGUUAGAUGAAAAUGGCGGCUACCUUUCUCUCUAUAAGCUUUCUGCUGCUUCAUUCUCUGUUCACCUCUCUUUGUCUGGCAGCUAAUGCUCCAUAUCUUGACGGGUUACUUGCCAAUGGCAACUUUGAGCAAAGCCCGAGGCCGUCGGACCUGAAGAACACGGUGAUCAUUGGCAAGUUUUCCUUGCCUCGUUGGGAGAUCAAUGGUCUAGUAGAGUAUGUCUCAGGUGGCCCGCAGCCAGGAGGCUUUUAUUUUGCAAUCCCUCGGGGAGCUCAUGCAGCAAGGCUAGGCAAUGAUGGUUCCAUAUCACAGGUUCUUAAUGUCAAACCAGGCAAAGUUUAUUCUCUCACAUUUGCAGCUACCAGAACUUGUGCCCAGGAUGAGGUGCUGACAGUUUCUGUCCCCGGACAAUCAAGUGAUCUUCCGAUUCAGACAUUGUAUAGCAGCGAUGGAGGUGACACGUAUGCUUGGGCUUUCAAGGCAAAUUCCAAUACAGUUAAGCUCACCUUUCAUAACCCUGGCAUUCAAGAGGAUCCCACUUGUGGCCCUCUCCUGGAUGCUGUUGCAAUCAAGGAGAUGCUCCCGUGUCCCAAGUACGCGAAAGGUAAUUUAGUGAAAAAUGGCGGAUUCGAGAUUGGUCCUCAUGUGUUCAAGAACUUCUCCACAGGGGUUCUCCUCCUCCCAAAAGUCCAAGACCUAUACUCACCACUUCCAGGAUGGAUAAUCGAGUCCAUCAAACCUGUCAAGUACGUUGACUCGAAGCACUUCUUCGUUCCCUCAGGACAAGCCGCGAUUGAACUAAUCGGAGGCAGAGAAUGCGCCAUUGCGCAAAUCAUAAGAACUGUGCCAAAUAAACACUACAACCUCCUAUUCACCAUCGGAGAUGCAAAGAACGGCUGCCAUGGAACAAUGACAAUAGAAGCCUUCGCCGCCAGAAGCGUCUUAAAAGUUCCAUUCACAUCUCAAGGAAAGGGCUACUACAAAACCGCAAGUCUCAGGUUUCAAGCAAUUUCAAACAGAACAAGAAUCACAUUCUACAGCGCGUUCUAUCAUACAAAAAUCAAUGACUACGGUCAUUUUUGUGGCCCUGUACUGGAUAAUGUCAGAGUUUUCGCCGUCUCCAGACGCUCUCUGUAAUAUUAGUCACUUAAGACGAAAUAAUCUGUAUCAUGUAAUACACAUUUUCUUUUUCUUCAUCGAUUCAAAUUUGAAAUCUCCA